AUGAAAGCUAUCCUCAUAUUGGGAUUGUUAGUUUUUGGAAUUACUGCAGUUGAAUUAGAAGCAGGAGUGCCAAUCUUACUAAAAGAGAUCAAAGCAAUCAAGACUGAUCAUACUGAUUUCACAUUUUUAUUAGAUUUAGAACUCAGCCAAGGAGGCAAGGUUUCUGAAGUAGUUGCUUUGGUUGGUGAUUUGUUAGAGUAAAUGAAGAGAGAUCAAUUAAAUGAUGAUCUUGAAUAUGCUCAUAGAACAACUACCCUUGGAUUGGAUAUCGAAUGGCUUGUUAUAGUUUUAAGAAACCUCACAAAGGAGAGACAGGAUAAAAAUAAUUAAUUAAGUGAAGUCAAUCAAGUUCUAGUUGGAUUAUAAUAGUAAUUGGAUGCACUUACAGAAUAAUUGAAUAUAUUGAAUGGAAAGGAAGAGCAACUCAGAUAAACAAGAGCUGAAGAAGCCGCCUCAUAUUAGACUAGAUAGGAGAACAAUGGCAAAGUGUUGGCAGCUUUAAAUGAAAUAAUUCCAAAAUUAUAAGUUGCAGUGUUUGAUCAAGAAGGAAAAUCGUUAUUAUAAACAGAAUAAUUCGAAAUUGUCGAAAAGAUCAAGAGAGAAUUGGGUCACAAUCACCCAAUUGCAAUCAUGGUUUCAUUGACAACAAAAUUCGAUGUUUCAACAGUCAAAAGAAUCAUAGACAAAUUGGAACAUAUCAGAAAUGCAGUAAUUUCCUUGAUGUAAUAGGAAGACGAACAAGAGACUUAAAGUUAGAUCACAUUCUAAACCUAAAUUCAGGAGGUUGCUGAAUUAAGAGAGAAAUUCUCCAAAGACUUUGAAGUCACCUCACAACUAAUCAAGAAGAGAACCAACGAUAAAGUUCUUUUAGAGAAAAGAUUGACUAUAAUUAAUAGAGAUUUGAGUUUGACUGAACAAUUACUUAUUUAGACCAGAGAGUACAAAGAAUAAUACGAUGCUGCCUAUGCUGUCAGAAAAGGAAAAAGAAUUUCUGAAAUCAAAACAGUGUAAUAGGCUUACGAUUUGGUGGAGAAUCAUGCUAGGAAACACAAGUGAUGAUUUAUAAUAAGAUAUAUUUUACAAUAUGUUGAUUAUGAAUA